AUGAUUAAAUCAUCUUUAAAAUUAUCAAUAAAUAAUAUCAGAUAUUAUAGCUCAGCAGCUUUAAGCACUAAUGGAUUUGGUGGAAUUCAAUCAAUUUUAGGUCAAAAUCAAGCUGUUCAAUUUAGCACACCAAUUUCAAAAGGAAACACAGUAAUUUUUAAACAUCCAGUUGAACAAAUUCCAUUCCAACCAAAAAAAAUACAUAAAAAGACAUUAGAACACAAUUUUAAAGAAAAUGAAAUCAAUCAAAUGAAAAAACUUCGUGUCGAAGGUAAAUCAUUAGAAAAGAUUGCAGAACAAUAUAAAACUCAAUCAAAAGUUGUAUCAGUUUUAACAAAAUCAGACCCAGCUGUUCGUCAAAUCCAAAUUGAAAAUCAUCGUAUCAAGGGUCCAAAGAGUCAAGAGUCUGCUGAAAUUAAAAAAGCAAGACUCGAAGAAUGGACUAAAAAAAAUCAACAAAGAGAAUAUGACCUCAAAGUUAUCAAAGCUGCAGAAUCCCACGAACGUAUAAUUAGACAAAGAAGAGAUAUCAAUGAAAUGAACACCAUUGGUCACCAAGAAUCUUUCGAUAUGAUCUUAAAAAAUCAAACAAGAGAUGCAUUAAAGAAUCAACAAAAAUUUUUAACACCAGAUGAAAAGAAAUCAAGAGCUAAAAUGCUUUCUAAUUUACGUCGUCGUAAGGUAGUAGAUGAUGUCUCUAAAAAACAAGAAAUGGCUCAACGUGCUAAAAACAAAACUGCAAAGAAAACAAGAGAAUAAAAUCAUUUUUAAAAUAAUAUAAAUAAAAUAAUCGUAAUAAAAAACAAAACAAAAAAACAAUAUUU